CCCAAUUGCCACCCCCUCCCGUCUAUUUUUACAUCCACUUCUUCUGCCGGUAGUUAGGCCCCUCUCCCUUCUCAUCGCGCCGUCGUCGUCGUCGUCCCCGGCGGCCGGCCGGGCGUCGAAUUCGUCGGUGCGCUAGCUCUGGACCAUGACGACGGACAAGGGCCGGCCGCUGCCCAAGUUUGGGGAGUGGGACGUGAAGAAUCCGGCGUCGGCGGAGGGCUUCACCGUCAUAUUCCAGAAGGCUCGCGAUGAUAAGAAGACGACCGGCCCAAACGCUAAGGUGGGCAUACCACCGGCCUUUCGGAACACCGACGGCGGCGGCUACAGGCCUGAAUUCAAGCCUGCCGAGAGCUACCAAUACACACCACCCAAACGCGUCAAGAAGAGGUGGACAUUCUGCGGGUGUUGAUUUAUGUUUCUCCUGUUGCCGCCGCUGUUGUUUUCGGAUGACACAAUCACAACGCCGCGCCAGAAGUAUUUUUGAUGGGAGCACAUAGGAGAGGUGGAUGGUUUCAUGAUCAUGGUGUUCAAUCUCUCCCGAUGUAUUUGGCUAUGUCCAUAAUGAAAGUAUUUCUCGUUUGUAUCCAAAAAAUGGGCAUAAUAAACCAAACAGAGGGAACCAAUUGUUGAUUAUGUCCAA